CGCUGCCGAUUGUCGAAGCAAGCCCUGGCGGCCGGCCAUCAAUUCCAUUUCCCACCCGUCGCCGGCUUCUGCUUCUCGGAAUCGGUAGUCUGCACGACUGGACGGGAUUUUGGGAGUUCCUCUCAGUCAAAGAUUACGGUCGGCGCCGGAGGUUGUAGUGCAACUCCUUUGCCAUGAGAGAUUUUGCUCUGACCAGCGGCGCCAGCAAUAACAAAGCAAUCAAUGGACUGGAGAAGGAGGAUGAGCUUUUGUCCCAAUCCUCAAUUUUGCCCUCAAGGAAGAAACGGAAGCAAAUCCGCAAAUCCGCACUCAUCCACUUCCGGAGCUUCGAUGUCCCUCUUGUUUCCCCAACCACUGGUUCGAUUCUCACUUCCAUCCGCCUGGAAGCCGACCGGCCUUACGUCGUCGGUCGAGCGAGCGGCCACUGUGACCUUCUCGUACGCGAUUCCCGUGUCAGUAAGAGACACUGCCAGAUUUUGUUCGACGGUCUUCACCGUAAGGUUUAUAUUCUCGAUGGCUCAUUUCUUUUGCCUGAUGGCCAUGCUGCUGUUAGUGAGUUUAGGAAGAGAAUCCUUUCUUAUAAUCAGUUGGGAGGGGAGGAAGCGGUGAACAUGGGCUGUUCUGGCAUCCAAAAUUCUUCGAAUGGAGUGUUUGUUAAUGGUGUGAGGGUUGAGACAGGUGUGGUUAGAGAGCUUUGUGCCGGUGAUGAGGUGUUGUUUGUUUGUGGAAAUGAAGGUAUUUGUAGCUUAGGUGUUCGAAUUGGGUUUGUGAUUCAGGGCGUUGUAUUGACGGAGGAAGUUAUCUGGGGAUUGGAUAGGGCUCAGUUUGAGAGGAGGAGGAAGAGGUUAGAUGAGAAGACCGCCUCGAUGGGGCAUUCCCAAAGAUCAAUUUCAGCUGGAAAGAGAAGCAAAAGAGUCUUUGCUUUCUCAGAAGGUGAGAUAAUGUCACCAUGUAAUGAGUCUUGGAGACCGGGAUAUGGUGUCAUUGCAAGAAGGGCAAAGUCGCUGCUUAGUCAAUGUCUGCAUAUAUUGCACAGUGAUGAUCCCAUGAGCUAUAUCAGACAAUUGGCUUUACAAGAGGUGGGGAUGAAUGCUCAGUCUUGCGUUAAGAAUGGAUCGAGCUCCCAGCCGUGUAUGAACCUACUUGACACAACUGAAGAUCCUAUGAAAGGUGGAGCUCUUUUUACCAGUGGUGAAGAACAUCCCAUUAGGAGUCCAUAUGUCCAUGAUGAUAAGCAAAAUAGUGAAGGAAAGGGCGAUGACAGGCAAUGUAUCUCUGACAGAGGUGGCCAAAUGCAUAAAAUACAGAAUUUGACAUUACCAUCCGAGAGGGCAGCCAAGAAUGCUACUUCUGGUGUUCCAUUGUUGCCUAAUUGGAAUGAGAGAAACAGUACUCCAGUCCAGCCAGCCCAUGUGAACACUUCAGAAGAUCAAAUGCGGCCCCCAGGGAAGAAGUUCUAUUUGAACCGCCUUCAGUUUAUGGAUCAUCCUUCGUCUACAAAUCAUAACACUAUCUCAUUGCCAGAACUGCUUUAUCCUGUCCACAGCAUUAUGCGAAUAUUUAUUGCUACGUUCACAAGUGAUAUCUUAUGGUUCUUAAAAUACUGUGGAAUUCCGUACGAACUUCCGGUAACAAUUGCAUGUCAUGACACUGAAAGAUGUUGGAGCUCCAGCCCUGGGCAACGAUCCUCAAAACCUUACCCAGAGUACCCAAAUUUGGAAGUAGUGUUCCCCCCAUUUCCCGAGGCUAUAGCAUUUGGUAAAGACCUCAAGAAAAAAGGCAUCGGUUGUCACCAUCCAAAGUUGCUUGUUUUGCAAAGAGAUAACAGCCUCCGUGUUAUCAUCACUUCUGCAAAUCUAGUUCCUAACCAGUGGAACCAUGUGACCAACACCAUUUGGUGGCAAGAUUUCCCAGUCAGAAGUGAACCUGAUGUUUCAUCUCUUUUUAGAAGAAUGCCUAAUGGAGAAGCAACUCAAACGUCAUCAGAUUUUGCUGCUCAGCUGGCUAGAUUUAUGGCGUCGCUUGUUAUUGAUGUUCCUACUCAGGCACAUUGGGUUGCCGAGUUAACAAAAUAUGACUUUGAAGGGGCAGUUUGCCAUAUAAUUGCUUCAAUACCAGGAAUUCAUUCUUACAGGACAGAAUAUACAUCUCGGUGUAAACUGGCCUCACCUGUUGUGGAUUCUUUGGGUUGGGCCGAAGCAUCUGUUGUUGGUUUAAGCCAUCUGUUUCAUUCUAGGUCAGACAUCAAAGGCAUUCAGCUUAAGAGUUUGGCCAGUUUUCUUAGUAGAACUCGUGAAACUGUGGAUGGCAUGUGUGAAGUUGUUUUGAGAAGAAACAUGAGCGUGGUGGCAGAUGCAAAUGCUGUUAGUGUUCUUGUUUCUAAUCCUGAUCAUGCUUCUGAAGGAGAUUGCAUCCAACUUGGUUUUCUGCCUAGAUGUGUUGCGAAGUGGGUGUCGCCAUUGUGGGAUGACGGAUUCUUUAGUUUCUCUGGAUAUGUUUCUCCUAAAGAAGCCCUUGCUGUUGCUUUAGGAGGAAGCAGCAACAUAGUGCAACUGAGGUUAUAUGUGUUACAAGGUCCUCGAUUUGCUGAUAUGAUGAAGUUGUUGCAAUUUAAACACGUUAUUGCUCUUUGUUCUCUCAUUGCUUCCCUCCAGAGUUGUACAGGCCUUUGGCGUUUAGAGGAGGUCGAUACAAAUGGCCUGAGUCACAGCAAUCUGAUUUCAUUUAUGGUGAGUGUCGGCCGACUCCUAUCUGCGGUUCUCUACAUGUCUUUUACUCUUCAUGUCAUACUAUUUUGUUCUACAGGUGCAUCUUCAAUUGGGUCCGUCAGUGCACAAUUUGUCUCUGCUUUUUCAGCAGCAGCCGGGAAAAGAUCGUCAAACCUCCCUGAUUCUGAAGAAUCUGAUCCAGAGUGGGGCUGCUGGAGUGCUAGUCAAGAAUUGAGAAACCCAUCUAUGAAGAUACUUUUCCCUACAAUCGAUAGAGUAAAGAAGGCACAUGGUGGGAUCCUAUCUUCGAGGCGCAUUCUGUGCUUCUCUGAGAAAACAUGGCAGAAGUUGCGAACUGCUAACAUAUUUCGUGAUGCUGUCCCUCAUCCUCAUGAGAGAGUCGGGCAUCCUAUGCAUGUGAAGGUUGCCAGGAGACAAUUCUGGCGUGGGACGCAAGAAGCUUCAGUUGGCUGGGUGUACUGCGGCUCCCAUAAUUUCAGCGCUGCUGCUUGGGGACAAACUAUCUCAAACUCCUCUUCAGGUCCAAAGCUUCGCGUUUGCAACUAUGAACUUGGGAUAAUCUUCGUCUUCCCUCCAACCGAUGAUGGCUCUAAUCAGGAUCAGGAAAGCUUGAAAGACAUCGUUCUGCCAUUCGCUGUACCAGCUCCAGAAUACAGACCAACAGAUAGACCAGCAACAGCUCGGGCAAUGAGAGAGGCACUAUCAGAACUUACUGAGUAUCACGCAAGACAAGCACGCGAAGAGCUGGCACGCAUAGAAGAAACUCAGGAGGUCCCUGAUGAUGAAGAAGAAGAAGAAGAUACAGAGGCAAACAAGUAUGGCUUAGAGGAGAAAGAAGAAGAGAAGGCAUAUGCUGAGAUGCUGUGGAUUGAAGUCGACUCUUCUCAGAGCUCUCUGUCCGGAACGUAGGCGGAAAGCUACAGCACACUCAAAUAAUUACUUUGGGAAGUUCAAAUCCUUCAUUGUUUCAGGAAUAAACUUGUUAGAAUAUAUCAAUACACGAGUAGAUAGAUGGUAGUGAGUGUAUAGCUUACUCCCCUUAUUAGAUUAGAUGGGGCAGAGUAUUGUUAAAGGUUGCAUCAGGGAUAUCUUAUAUCUUCACUUUGUAAUUCGGCAUUCCUCUUCUUU